AUGGCAUUUGCAGAGAAGUGGCAUCUAGAGACCUCGUUCUUUCAUCUUCGACACGGUGAGAUUACCAUCACUCUGGACGACAUUGCAUGCCUCCUCCAUCUACCUAUCAAGGGUAUCCUCCUUAGUCACAGUAGGUUGACGAAGGAGGAAGCGAUGGAGAUGCUGAUUGAGGAGCUGGGGAAUGAUCCUACUGUUGCGCUUCAGGAGGUGAAGAGGACCCACGAGGCACACGCGAGGUAUCACACCUUGCAGCAGAUAUAUGAUGUGGAGCUUCUUGCGGCACAUCAGGCUGUUGGUGAAGAAGUAAAGGCGGAUAUACAUAGAGAGUGGGUGUUCAGAUGUUACUUACUAUAUUCGAUAGGCACUCAGCUCUUUGUGGACACGAGUUCGACGUACACAGACAUCGUUUACCUAACGUACUUGUCAGAUAUCGCACGUGUCCAUGAGUACAACUGGGGAGCGGCUACACUGGCGUACACCUACCAUAGACUCAGAGAGGGAUGCAUGUGGAAGGCAGGGAAUGUGGCUGCAAGUUGUAUCCUAUUAGUGGCAGCCAUUGUCGAUGGUUUAUUUCCUGAGGGGUCUGCUGGCCUGCGUCUAUUGGAGGAUAUCAUUAGGGUGGCAGAGGAGGCAUAUUUGUACCGUAGAAGUCGUGCCAAGACAGGUGGGGCACUCGACGGUAGAGGCUGA